AUGUCUUCAGCGACUCUGAGCAACCACGGCGGCGGUGGUGGUGGUGGCAAUGGCGGCGCCGGCACCAGCGCCGGCGGCAAUCACGGCAAGCGCGGCCGCUUUGACAUGUUCGCGCCGCGCCCAAACAUCGGCACCAGCGGCUACCCGAUCGUCAUCCUGAGCAACCAUUACGGCGUGUCGUACGACCUGAACAAGACCGUCUACUCGUACUACGUGAACAUCAACCAGGUGAACGGCAACGCGAGUACCGCCAGUCUGGCCGCCUCCACCAGCAGCUUCCACAAGAGCAAGACGGAGACGAUCUUCCGCAAUGUGAUGAAGUGGCUGAUCGAGAACAACUCCCAGGUGGGCAACAUCUUCCAUAAGAUCGCCUGCAUCUUCGACGGCACCUCCUGCCUCUACACCUCGGAGCGUCUGCCGAUCAUCUCCGAUAAGACGAUUAAGUUUCGUGUGAACCUCGCCGACUCGAGCCCAGAGUACGGCAGCCAGGACUACAACUUCGAGGUGUGCAUCAAGCUGGUUAACGUCCUCUCGCUGCAGUCCAUCAAGGACUACUACCAGAACCCGGUCAACGACGCUCAUAUCGAGACAAUCCGCUCGAUUAACCUGGUGGUGCGCCACCUCUUCCUCAGCAUGCGCUUCCUUGUGGGCCGCUCCAGUUUCCACAGUCGCCAUGAGGAUGACACUCGCCAGAGCAUUUCGGCUCUGAAGGAGAUCUCCUACGGCGUUUUCUCCUCGGUGCAGCCCUGCUCCGCCGGUCUGCAGCUCAUCCUGGACCGCAGCUGCGCCCCCUUCAUGAAACCGCUGCCUGUUGACCAGUGCAUUCGCGUUUUCAUGCGCGACAUUGGCUCGCAGCGUUGGAGUGACUUUGCGCGCAAGAAACUGGAGCUCGCCUUGAAGGAUUACUUCUUUGAGGUGACCCACCUGGCCAAGUCUCGUAAGUACAAAAUUAGCGGCAUCACACUCGAGCCCGCUAGUCGAAUCACAUUCGAGUCCAACCAGGACGGUGGCCGAACCAUCAGCGUGGCAGACUACUUCAGCAAGACUUACGGUCCGCUGCGCCACCCCGACAUGGCCUGUGUGAAGGUUCGCAAGAUGAAGAAUGACUUCAUCUACUUCCCCGCCGAGGUGUGCCGCAUCACCACCGACCAGCGCGCGCGAAAGCUGACGAUCAAGGAGAAGGCGGACAUGAUCCGCAGCGCCGCCUCGGUGGUGCCCGCUGAGCGCUUUGAGAUUAUCCGCAGCACUGCCCGCGACCUGAUGGACCGGGACAAGAUGUUCAACUACUUGCGCGACUUCGGCAUCAACAUCGCCACGCAGCCGGUUGCCAUCAAGGCCCGUGUGCUGGCCGUCCCCAAGCUGCUCGAGGGCAAUGGAGGCGAGGUGAAGCCCAGUGGCGGCAAGUGGCACAUCAAGCGCUUCUUCCAGCCCGCCAACAUCAACCAGUGGGUUCUGGUGGUGAUGGGCCGCUUCGAGGACCCCGUGCUUGACCGUUUUGUCGACACGCUGAUUCGCCACGGCCGCGAGCUGGGCAUGGCGAUCAAGCCGCCCAAGAAGGUCCGCUAUAACUUUGACCCCACCAAUCUGGCGAACUUUUUCGCCAAAUCAGCGAACUCUUUUGGCAAAGUUGACUUGUACUUCUUCGUCGGCUGUGAAGUCGAGUCGCAGUACAAUGCAAUCAAGAAGGCCGGUGACGUGGACCUCGGCGUGGCGACGCAGUGCAUGCGUCCGCACAAUGUGCUCCGCUUCAACCAGUCCAUCGCCGUGAACAUCCUCCAGAAGGUCAAUGUGAAGCUGGGCGGCAUCAACGUUUCCGUGGCCGUCGACUCGAUGCCUCCUUUCUGCAAGGCCAACUACCAGAAGACGCUGGUCAUUGGCGCCGACGUCGCCCAUCCCUCGCCGACUGAGCGCGGUACGCCCUCGCUGGCCGCCAUGGUCGCCAACUGCAGCCCCGACUUUACGCGCUACUGCUCCUCGGUGAAGAUUCAGAAGUUUUUUCGCCAGGAAAUCAUCCAGGAGCUGGACCAGAUGCUGGUGGACAUGCUGGUUGCCUACGAGAAGAAGAACAACGUUCUCCCUGAUAAGAUCAUCUUCUACCGCGACGGCGUCAGUGAGGGCCAGUUUCGCACCGUCUUUGACGAGGAGGUGCGCGUCAUCAAGGACGUGCUCGCCAAGUACCGACCUGGAUACAAGGCACGCCUAAGCUUCUGCGUCGUCCUUAAAAGACAUCACAGCCGUUUCAUGCCGGAUAACGCCCGCGACGGCGUCGGCAAGAGCUGCAACGUGCCACCGGGCACCGUGGUCGACCACGACGUCGUUCACCCGCGCAACUUUGACUUUUUCCUCUGCUCGCACGCUGGCAUUCAGGGCACUUCUCGCCCCUCUCACUACUGCGUGCUCCUGGACGAGAACCAGCUGAAGGCUGACGAGCUGCAGGACUUUACGAACAUGCUGUGCCACCUGUACGGCCGCUGCUCGCGCUCCAUCUCCAUUCCCACGCCGGUGUACUACGCCCACUUGGCUGCCUUCCGCGCCCGGGCUCACAUCUCCUCGGCCAUUAGCCUGCAGAGAGAGAUGGGCAACAUGGGCGGCGACCGCAUGAGCAUGGGCGGUGGUCCUGGCGGUCCGGGUCGUCAGGGCAUGGAGUACUUUGCCGGUCCUGGCGGUGCCAAUGGCGGCGGCGGCUUCAACGGCGCUGGUCCGAUGGGCGGUCAGUCUCGCGUUCACUACACGAAGCACCACGUGCCCAGCUCCAGCAUCGACAACUUUGACGUCUUCAUUGACAUGCCGCUGGAGAGCCGCUGCUCCAUGUACUACUGCUAG